UUGUACAGGCAUAUGGUGGGACAACUCAGGCGUCCCUGGAGCCGGCGAGGACCCUGCAGGGGCCUGGGGGCGGGGCCUGAGCCAGCCUCUCCAGCCGCCGGUCCUUUGAGGACUCCACCGUCUGCUUCUUGGUCGUCAGUUUCAGUCUGCAGCGCCUUCCAGUCUUCAGCAUGCCUGGUCCGACCCCCAGUGGCGCUAAUGUGGGCUCGUCGGGGCGCUCCCCCAGCAAAGCAGUGGCCGCGCGGGCGGCUGGAUCCACGGUCCGGCAGAGAAAAAACGCGAGCUGUGGAACAAGGAGCGCGGGGCGCACGACCUCAGCAGGCACGGGGGGCAUGUGGCGAUUCUACACGGAAGACUCCCCUGGGCUCAAGGUUGGCCCUGUUCCAGUAUUGGUUAUGAGUCUUCUGUUCAUCGCUUCUGUAUUUAUGUUGCACAUUUGGGGCAAGUACACUCGUUCAUAGAUUCGGCUACACCCAUCUGUCUGUCAUCUGAAGAAGAAGGAAAAAAACAUAUCUUGGACCAAAAGCAUAGUGACUUUCUGUUUGUGAGAAAGAAAUAUUCUGUAAGCUUAUUGUUUUACAGGGAACUUAACAAGAAUUGAUUUAAGGAAUCAAUUUUUUUCUAUGGCUAAUAAACUUUUUAAUUCAUUAUA